GAAAGGAGGCGACGCCCCCUGGCUCUCGGCAGGAACCCGGGGCCGCCUCCCCGCCCGCCGAGCCGCGCGGGCCCCAGAAGUGAUGAAAGCCGCGGCCGAGUCCAGGUCACGCCGUAGCCGUUGCCCUUUUAAGGGGGAGCCUUGAAACGGCGCCUGGGUUCCAUGUUUGCAUCCGCCUCGCGGGGAGGAAACUCCAUGUUGUAACAAAGUUUCCUCCGCGCCCCCUCCCUCCCCCGCCCCCUUAGAACCUGGCUCCCCUCCCCUCUGAAGCUCGCGGGGAUCCCUCCCUCCCACCCUCCCCUCCCCCCCGCGCCCCGAUUCCGGCCCGAGCCGGGGGGGAGGCCGGGCGCCCGGGCCAGAGUCCGGCCGGAGCGGAGCGCGCCCGGCCCCAUGGACAGCUCGGCAGUCAUUACUCAGAUCAGCAAGGAGGAGGCGCGGGGCCCGCUGCGGGGCAAAGGUGAUCAGAAGCCAGCAGCUUCCCAGAAGCCCCGAAACCGGGGCAUUCUCCACUCUCUCUUCUGCUGUGUCUGCCGAGAUGAUGGGGAGGCCCUGCCUGCCCACAGUGGGGCUCCCCUGCUGGUGGAGGAGAAUGGCGCCAUCCCGAAGCAGACCCCAGUCCAGUACCUGCUUCCCGAGGCCAAGGCCCAGGACUCAGACAAGAUCUGCGUGGUCAUCGACCUGGAUGAGACACUGGUGCACAGCUCCUUCAAGCCAGUGAACAAUGCUGACUUCAUCAUCCCUGUGGAGAUUGAUGGGGUGGUUCACCAGUCCCCUCACUGGCUCACUCCCCAGGUCUAUGUGUUGAAGCGGCCUCAUGUGGAUGAGUUCCUGCAGCGAAUGGGCGAGCUCUUUGAAUGUGUGCUGUUCACUGCCAGCCUUGCCAAGUAUGCAGACCCUGUGGCUGACCUGUUGGACAAGUGGGGAGCCUUCCGGGCCCGGCUGUUUCGAGAGUCAUGUGUCUUCCAUCGGGGGAACUAUGUAAAAGACCUGAGCCGGCUAGGCAGAGACCUGAGGCGGGUACUCAUCCUAGACAACUCGCCUGCCUCUUAUGUCUUCCAUCCAGACAACGCUGUACCAGUGGCCUCGUGGUUUGACAACAUGAGUGACACAGAGCUCCAUGAUCUCCUACCCUUCUUCGAGCAACUCAGCCGUGUGGACGACGUGUACUCAGUGCUCAGGCAUCCUAGGCCUGGGAGCUAGUGAGGUGUCAUGGGGCCAGGACCUGCCCCUGACUGAGGCCCAUACCUCUUCCCAGCAGACUCUGUGGGCGCCUGCCUGCACUCUGUCAACAAAAGCCCUAGGCUGUGCCAUAUCCACAGCCCCAGGGAAACCAUAUCUCCCCUGCCAGCCCUGUCAGGCUGCAUGGAGGAGAGCAAGCCCCUGGGCCCCUGUGUCAGUGCCUUCAAACCUCCUCCUCACUUCUUAGGGGACCCAAGGGGCCUUCUUGCUGCUUCCCCUUUCUGUCUUCUUUCUGUGCUGCCAGGAUUUUCUGCUGCCAAAUUGGGCCCCUUAGCCCCAGUUCUGUUUUGGGGAUACAGGCAGGGUUUCUCCAUGCCUUGGACCCCCAGCCUGGGAACAGUAGACACCAAGUGCCUUGUAUACAGCCCCCUUCGUUGGUUAGCUUUUCCAGGUCUAGGCUCACCUGGGAAGAAUCAGUUGGUCUCUUCCCUCCCUACCUCCCUCCUGAGAUGACAGUACCCCAUCAAUUUCUGCAUGGGAGGAAGAGGGAGAUCUGUUACCAUGUAUGAAGGGAGCAGGGGACCUUCCUUAGGGACCCCACAGUCUAACUUGUCCAAGGCUGAUGGCUGCUCUCCAUAUCACUUAAGCCCUGGCUCCCUUACUUCUGUCUUAACCUCCCUGAAGCCCUGGGGCUUGGCUUCCCCUGGCUCUGAGGAGCAUAGGCAGGACUCCCCUGUGGUGCCAUAUAAAUAUGUAUAUGUGUAUAUAGAUUUUUAAGGGAAGGAGAGAGGAAAGGGUGGGAGUAGACCCUCCUCCUUUACCCCUUCCCUGGGCCCAGAAAUUGGGGGGAGGGAGGGAAAGGAUUUUUACAUUUUUUAAAGUACUAUUUUCUGAAUGGAACAAGAUGGACUGAGGGUGUCACAGGCCCUAUCUUCUGUCUGUCCCAGCUCUUUUGCUCUAUUCAUUCAAAAAACAUUAAGCAGAGCACCUUCUGUGCCCAGGGGUGAGCUAGUCCCACCAGCUGAGGUGUGGGGUGGGGUUCUCCACCCUGUCAUUGAUGCCUCAUCCCUAAGCCCCAAACUUCACCAGUGCCUUCAGGGUAUCUGCAGGAGGUGGAGCCUUGUGGAGUUUGGGGGGUCUCCAAGACUCCCACCAAGCUGUCCCUUUAGGUGCCAGUUCACCCCUGCAACCUCCUCUGCUGGCUGGGGGUGGCUCCCAGAACACUGUGCCUUCCAACUCUGACUUGUUUCUGAAGCUCCUCCCCACACCUGCUGAGUCUGGAGGUCAAGGCCUGGGGCUUUCUCCCCAGGGUCUGAGGGUUAAAUGAACCCACAAACCAAGGGAGUUGGUGGGGGGAGGGGUUGGCCUGAAUUGGAUGACUGCCCAUUUAAGUGCCUUCUCUGUGACUUCAGCGCCUCACUGUGUGAGAACUAAAGAGAAAGCCAGAUCCCUUCCCUAAUCUGCCUCUGUGGUUUUUGGGGAAGGGGUUUUGAGUGGGUCAGUGUCCCACCCCUGUGACUGCAGUGGCUAUUUCAGCACUGUUCUGGGAGGAGGGAGGUUGGCAGGGAGGGGCUGUCUGGGUACUGAAAAUCCGGUGACAGUGGUGCAGCUUUGAAAUGAACUGUGAUCCAGGGGCACUACUGAAAUGUUCCUCUCAGCCUCCUCAGUGGUUUGAUCUGUAAAAUGGAGACAGUCCCUUUUUGCAGACUUCAUUAAGUCCUGGAUGCUGAUUCAAAAAUGAUUAGCAAUAAAACGAGAUGGCUCAGCAGGUGAAGGCAACUUUC